AUGGAUAGGUACAUCGGAGCGACGGGAUUUUAUAUAUGUGGGGACCUAUAUAUAUGCAUUUGUAAGGGAGAAUCGAAAUGGUCACGUUUUCGUGCGUUCGUAAUCGUGCGUUUUGUGUUUUGCGUUCUUUGGAAUUAUCAACGAAUUUUUUUGGCCCGUCACGAUUUUUUUAUAUUGUUUCUUAAGAACGAUUUAACCGUGACCGACGAUACGGUUUUAGAAGAGCAUAACGAAGAUCCAAGUUUGGUACAAAUGAGAUUAAUCGGAGAUGGAGUUGUGGAUUCGAUAAUGAGAGGUGAAGUUGUUGGCAUCACACCUAGAAGGUCAAGGUCGUCUGCAGUUUUAACGCAGCAUCAGCAACAUUCGUUUUCUUUUUUGUUUGUUUUUAUAUACUGGAUUUUAUUGAUUUUCGUUCACCUUGAAAAAUGUUAA